CAGGGUCCACAACACGGCAACAGGGAGCACGAGAAAGGCUGUGCGCGCGUGUUCGCGACUUGUUUUCGUGUGCUUGUUUGGCGAUGAGGUAACUUCGCGCAGCCUCGUGCCGGAUCCGUCGAGCUUUCCUCGUGAAGAUGGUGUCGCGCUCUGCAGCCCGAGGACUCUCCCCGCCUCCGCCGCCUCGUUGCCGUUUCGUGCCUGAACUUCAGCUCGUCGCGGUGGUGGUGGUGCACGGACAGGCGCGCGGAGCCGCGGAGCUGGAGCGCGUCGAGACCGUUCACUUUUAAACUGCAGCGCGCGCGGAGUCGUGACUGGAGCGCGUGGCAGCUGACAGCAGCGGCGACCGCACAGCAACGGUAGCUCGCGCUCGCGUUUCCUCACAACUUCUACCGCCCAGACUGCGUUACAGAGUCUUUUUCUCAUAUAUUUUUCUCUCGGAAUCCAAACAGAGUCGCUUUUUAAAGGAAUUCAACAUUUUUUGCCAUUUUUCUGCUCGGAGGAAUGCCGGCGCGUGAGCGUCGUCGUUUAAAGGAACUCCACCUGGGGUAACCGGAGGAGUUAUUUCUUCCUCUUCUCGUUUAUUAUCCUGUUCUCCGCGUUUCACCUGUUAGUUAAAGAGGAUGAACUCGGAGCCCGAGGGCGUCUCUCUGUCGGUUCCGUGUCGCGAGGAGGGCUCGCGCCCGGCCGUACCAGCCGCCGGCACGUUCUGGCACGACGCUGCGGCGGCGGCGAGCAGCACAGGAUGCCCCGCGGAGAGCGGACACGGGCUGCUGGCUGCGGCGGGGAAGUGCAGCUCCGCCAGCCGCCGGGCCAGCGUGUCUUACGUGCUGAACUCGGAGACGGGCGCGGAGAGCAUGGCCCUGCAGUGCCUGAGGGACGCCUGCGAGGCCGUGGGCAGCACGCUGGAGAUCGUGCUCUUCGGGAAGCUGGACUUCGGCGAGACGUCCGUGCUCGACCGCUUCUACAACGCAGAUAUUGCUGUGGUGGAGAUGACUGAUGCUUUCAGGCAGCCGUCCCUGUUCUAUCACUUGGGAGUGAGGGAGAGUUUCAGCAUGGCCAACAACAUCAUCCUGUACUGUGACUCCAACUCAGACUCACUGCAGUCUCUACAGGAGAUCGUGUGCCAGAAGAACACUACGUGUGCGGCUAACUACCUGUUCAUCCCAUACAUGGUGACCCCUCAGAAUAAGGUGUAUUGCUGUGAGAGCAGUCUGAUGAAGGGGCUCAGUGAGCUGAUGCAGCCCAGCUUUGAGGCACUGCUCGGACCCAUCUGUAUGCCCCUGCUGGACCGCCUCAUCCAGAUCCUCACUGUAACGCAGACCAGCUCCUGCCAGUACUUCCGAGAGACGAUACUCAACGAGAUCCGCAAAGCGCGGGAGCUGUACACGGGGGAUGAGCUAGCGGCGGAGCUGGGGCGAAUCCAGCAGCGAUUGGACAAUGUGGAGUGCCUGUCAGCCGACAUCGUGAUCAAUCUGCUCCUGUCGUACAGAGAUAUACAGGAUUAUGAAUCAAUUAUAAAGCUGGUGGAAACUCUAGAAAAGCUCCCAACAUUUGACCCUGUGGCCCAUCCCCAUGUACAGUUCCACUAUGCUUUUGCUCUGAACAGGAGAAAUCAGCCAGGUGAUCGACAGAAGGCUCUGGACAUCAUGCUGCCGCUGGUGGAGAGUGAGGAGCAGGUAGCCUCUGAUAUUUACUGUCUGGUGGGACGGAUCUAUAAGGACAAGUUCCUGGACUCGCACUUCGCUGACACUGAGAGCAGAGACAGCAGCAUACAGUGGUUCCGGAGAGGAUUUGAAUCAGAGCCUACUCUUCACUCUGGCAUAAACUACGCUGUGCUUUUGCUGGCUGCUGGCCACCAAUUCGACUCUUCCUUUGAGCUGCGUAAAGUGGGUGUGAAGCUGAGCAGUCUGCUGGGGAAGAAGGGCAGUCUGGAUAAGCUGCAGAGUUACUGGGACGUGGGGUUCUUCCUGGGAGCCAGCAUACUGGCCUGCGACAACAUGCGUGUCAUACAGGCGUCUGAAAAGCUCUUCAAACUUAAAGCUCCAGUCUGGUACCUCUGUUCAUUGGUUGAGACCAUUCUAAUUUAUCAACACUUUAAAAAGCCUUGCUCUGAGCCGCCGGGGACCAAACAGGAGCUCAUGGACUUCUGGAUGGACUUCAUGGUGGAGGCCACUAAAAAGGACGUGUCUUCUGUCCGCUUUCCUGUUUUGAUACUGGAGCCGACUAAAGUCUACCAGCCGUCUUACUUGACGAUCAACAACGAUGCAGAAGAGCACACGUUGUCCAUUUGGCAUGUGGCUCCUGAUGACAAAAAUAAGGGCAUCCAUGAGUGGAAUUUCAGUGCAGCGUCUGUUCGGGGGGUGAGCAUUUCCAAGUUUGAUGAGCGCAGCUCCUUCCUCUAUGUAUUGAACAACUCUGAAGACUUCCAGAUUUACUUCUGCACUGAGAUGCACUGCAAAAGGUUCUGCGAGCUGGUAAACAGUAUGACGGAGGAGGCGUGGCGGGGUCAGGAUGAGGCAGAGUGUGAUUCCGAGGCUUUAGAGUACGAUUACGAGUAUGACGAGCAUGGAGAGAGGGUGGUUCUGGGUAAAGGCACCUUCGGGAUCGUCUAUGCGGGUCGUGACCUCAGCAACCAGGUCCGUCUGGCCAUUAAGGAGAUUCCUGAGCGGGACAGCAGGUACUCGCAGCCCCUGCAUGAGGAGAUAGCCCUGCACAAGCACCUGAAGCAUAAAAACAUUGUGCAAUACCUGGGCUCCAUCAGUGAAAAUGGUUUUAUCAAGAUCUUCAUGGAGCAAGUACCUGGAGGCAGUCUGUCAGCACUACUGAGAUCCAAAUGGGGACCACUGAAAAACAACGAGCCGACCGUUGGAUUCUACACCAAACAGAUCCUGGAGGGCCUCAAAUACCUGCAUGACAACCAGAUUGCUCACCGGGAUAUUAAGGGAGACAAUGUGCUGAUAAACACCUACAGUGGAGUUCUGAAGAUCUCUGAUUUUGGCACAUCAAAGCGUCUGGCUGGCAUUAACCCCUGCACCGAGACCUUCACUGGCACACUACAGUACAUGGCUCCUGAGAUCAUAGACAAAGGCCCUCGUGGAUACGGCAAGCCAGCAGACAUCUGGUCACUGGGCUGCACUAUUAUAGAGAUGGCCACAGGCAAACCGCCCUUUUAUGAGCUGGGAGAACCACAGGCGGCCAUGUUUAAGGUGGGGAUGUUUAAGAUCCACCCAGAGAUUCCAGACUCCAUGUCAGCUGAGGCGAAGGCCUUUAUUCUGCGCUGUUUUGAGCCAGACCCUGACCUCCGCGCUACAGCCAACGAGCUGCUCACCCAUGAAUUCCUCACAGUCACCUCUCGCAAGAAAAAAGCCAAAGGCAACAACUUCACAGCUUUGUCUCCAGGAACAGAAUACCUUCGCAGCAUCUCUCUUCCUGUCCCCGUGGUGGUGGAGGACACGAGCAGCAGCAGCGAAUACGGCUCUGUCUCCCCCGACAACGAGCUGAACUCCAACCCCUUCCUCUUCAAGCCCAGCACCAAGUGCUACAGCGAGAGAGAGGUCAAAGGCCAUCGCUCCCUCUUCCUCAGUAUCCCAGUGGAGCAGUUUGAGGACCACAGCGCCCCCCCAUCUCCAGAGGAGAAGGACGCUGGGUUCUUCAUGCUGAGGAAGGACAGUGAGCGGAGAGCCACUCUGCACCGCAUCCUCACAGAGGACAAAGACAAAAUAGUCAGCAACUUGCAGGAGGCGCUCACACAGGGCUCUGAGGAGACUAAGCUAAAACAUGAGCACAUUUCCGCUCUGGUGGCCAGCCUGGGUGAGUUUGUACGCAUGGCGGACAGAAAGAUCAUCGCCAACACGCUUUCCCAGCUCAAACUGGAGCUGGACUUCGACAGCACUGCUAUCAGUCAGCUGCAGGUGACGCUGUUCGGCUUUCAGGAUGCGCUGAACAAAGUGCUGCGGAAUCACAAUAUCAAACCUCACUGGAUGUUUGCACUGGACAACAUAAUCCGUAAAGCUGUCCAGACCGCCAUCACUAUCCUGGUGCCAGAGCUCAGGCCACACUUCAGCUUGGCAUCUGAAAGCGACCCGGCCGAUCAGGAUGAUGAUGAUGAUGACACUGUACCUCAUGGAAGCCCCGCCCACAAAAGCAGAGUCCCACAGAUCGUGAACCAUGAUGACACGGUAGCUACAUCAGGAGUGAGCACGCUGAGUUCCACCGUUUCUCACGAAUCUCGCACAGCACAGCACUCCGUUAACAUGGAGCUCGGCCGCAUGAAGCUCGAGACCAGCAGGUUGCUAGAGGAGCUGCUAGAGAAGGAGAGGGAGUACCAGUGUAUCCUGCAGCAUGUUCUGGAAGAGAGAGAGCAGGAGAUUAAACUACUGAAGUUGCGCUCUGAGCCCAUUGAUGUUGAUACUCCCUCAAUGAGUACACAGAGUUCAUUAGGAGGUGAGGGCGACCCCGAGCUGCUUAAAUGGCUCAGGUUACAUGGAGCGGAUGCUGACUCUAUAGACAGGAUCAUAGCAGAGGAAUACACUCUUGAUGACAUCCUUCAUUACGUCACCAGGGACGAUCUGAAGAGUCUGAGACUAAAGGGUGGAAUCCUCUGUAAGCUUUGGAAAGCCAUCACAGAACACAGGGAGAAACCUGGCUGAGUCUGGUCCCACUGGUCCACUAUCUACUGCACUUUAUUCUGGCGUGUUACAGACCAAAUCCCUGAGAGUCCGCUCCAGAAACCCCACAGAAACCCCACUGAUAGGCCUGGAUGCUCUAAUACAGGACAGUUCUGACCAGCAACAGCUCAAACCCUGACCUGUGGGGUAAACCUGGUCAACAGACAUUUUAUUGGCAGUGAUAAGAAUUUUAAUACAAAUUUAGGGGACCAUUCAGUUCAUAUGUACACUGUUGCACUGUAAAUACAUUAUAGUGUGUUACAUUCUGUCUGUAGUUGUUGGGAGUUAAACAGACAAUUGGAAGGCAAUGUAAGGAACAAAGCUCUACACCGGGGAUACUAGCUGACAUGUUGUGACUUGGUGCUUCUUCAUAGAGGAAAACUAUGUUUUUGUUUGUUGUUUAUUUGUUUACAAAAACAGAAACUGAGCUGACCUGAAAACCAAUGCUUUACAGACUUUCCAGAGGUACCUUUAUAACCUUACGCUUGUAUUUCAAACAUUUCUAUACAAUAUCCUAAUCCUUAACACUAUGUUUUUUUUUGUUGUUGUUGUUUGUUUGUUUGUUUGGGUUUUUUUUUUUGGCUUGUUUGUACACCUUUUGGAGACUUUGUAUACAUUUCCCUUUAAAUGGCAGGGUGGAAGCGCUUGUUACUGUCCUUUUACUAUUGCAGCUUUUGUACUGGGUGGUGUUUUUAGCAGAAAUAUAUAUGCCAUAGACACAUAUUCAGUUAUUCGCAUAAUUGUUAACGCAAUUUUAAGUGAAAUUGUACUGUAUCUUUGAAAUAUAUGUGACAUUGGAACAAAGAAGUUGUAAAUAUCCAAGCCAGAUUCCUGUAAUAUUCCAAAGGAAGUACAGGUUAGGCUUUUCUCUUUUAAGUCAUUGAAUUGUGACGUCAUUACUAGCAUUUCUUAUGUUUACCUCCAACCAAUAUCCAUUAAAACAUACGCUCGUGGCUUCCUAAAGCUUAAGUCCGGUCAUAACGCAAAGCGAUUUAACAUGUCAUAUUCCUCAUUUUAUUUAAGCUCUCUUAUUUGAUAAAUGAUGUAUUUAAUUUUUAUCUCUUUAAUCAUGAUAAACUAAUGAGAUAUUUGUGUAAUGUUAUAUAAUAUGACAAUCCUCAGAAUUAACUGUGAAAUUAAAGUGUGACUUGAAAAACA